AACGAUUAGAAAAAGAAUCUAAAAUACCUUUUAGAAUACUUAGAAUAUUACAAACCACACUAGUAUCGAUACAAUUACUCUUACAAACACAAGAAGUAACACCAAGUACAUAUGAAUUACAUGAAUCAAUAAUUACAACUGAACAAAGACUACAACAAGCUCACCUAUUAAAUAGAGCUCACACAACACAAGAAGAAAUUAGAACUGCCGAAGCAAUAGAACAAAAAAUAAUAAAUAACUCUAGAUAUUAUAGAAGUACUGAUGAAGAUUAUACUGAUCAAUUAGAACAUCUAACACCUGAAGGAAAAAUAAAACAAGUAAUCAAAACAAUACAAUUAUUAGAAAUACCUCUUUUGGAAGAAAAAGAAGAACUCACCUUACAAAACGCCUUUGAAAAUAAAAAAUAUGUUAACUUAUUCUUAUUUAUCAAAGAAAUACAAGAAUUAGAAUUAAUACAAAAAGAACUACAACAAUACUUAUUUGACAAUAGAUUCACAUCUGACGACAGUGACAACUAUUUAGCUCAAGAUACAAGACAAAGAGCUAACUAUAUCAAAGCAAGAUUAAAUAAAUACCAAAGAACUGGAGAAACAAUAAACCCAUCAUACAGAAUAGAUUACCCAUCAGAUGAAUACUGA